AUGGGCGAAAGCAUGUUAGACAAUCAGUUAACCUCACCUGACCUGUUUGGAGAUGAAGAAGAAAAUAUUGUUAGUGAUUUCCAGGUGUAUAAAACUGCCACCAUUAAUAGAAAAUUAAUGUUACACCCCAAUAAUACGAUGGUAAUAGGUAAAUUCCCUCGAACCGUAUGUAUGACAGCUUCUCCACUAGAUGAGGAAGAAGAACUUGAAUCACUACAAAGGAAGGCAGAGCUACUGGUGUGCCCACCUGAUCAACAAGAUACGGUCAUGAUGCGCUGGAAAUUCAAAGACCAAGAUUCAAUUGCCAGUGUAGAUGGUGACAAUGACAAUUCAUUGGAAACAAACACUCACUUUGUGGAAUGGGAAAAUGGCACCCUUACGUUGUUCAUAGGCACCGUAUCCUUUGACAUUGAUAUUGCUAGGGAUAAAUCUUACAUUUUGGAAGAUACCGAAGAACUCAAACCGUUCCAUGCCGCCGUCGAUUUGAGGUUACAAGCGAGACAAUCUAAUUUUUGCCAAGGCAGAAAAAUGCACAAUCACAAAUUCGGAAAUAUGCGCAAACAGCGCGUAAAUUUGACAUCGCAUGAGCACGCUACAAGGGAUGAGUUGAAGUUACAGAAGAGGAUUAAUCAGAGCUUCAGCAAGUCGGAUAUGAAUAUACAAUUUUUGGAAUCUGAUUUUUGA